AUGGCGGCAGUGGCAGCGAUUAUCGUGUUGGCGGCGGUUGUUGGCACGGCUUCGGCGGCGGAGGAUGACAGCGGGAAGCUGCGGCAAGGGUUCUACGACCAGAGCUGCCCGCGGGCGGAGCAGAUUGUUCGACACUACAUGGAGCAGCACGUUCCCCACGCGCCCUCCGUCGCCGCCACCCUCCUCCGCACCUACUUCCACGACUGCUUCGUCAGGGGCUGCGACGGGUCGGUGCUGCUGAACGGGACCAACGGCAACGAGGCGGAGAAGGACUCGGCGCCGAACGCGUCGCUGCGCGGGUUCGCGUUCGUGGACCGCGUCAAGGCGGUCGUCGAGCAGGAGUGCCCCGGCGUCGUCUCCUGCGCCGACGUGCUCGCCCUCGCCGCCCGCGACGCCAUCGGAGUCAUCGGCGGUCCGUUCUGGCGCGUGCCGACGGGGCGGCGCGACGGCAGGGUGUCGCUGAAGCAGGAGGCGCUGGACCAGAUCCCAGGGCCAACCAUGAACUUCACCGACCUCCUCGCCUCCUUCCAGAGCAAAGGCCUCGAGCUCCCCGACCUCGUCUGGCUGUCAGGGGCUCACACCAUCGGCAUCGCGCACUGCGACUCCUUCAGUGAGCGCCUGUACAACUUCACGGGCCGUGGCGGGCCAAGCGACGCCGACCCGUCGCUGAACCCGGUGUACGCGGCGAACCUCCGGCGGACCAAGUGUGCCACGCCGACGGAUAACACCACCAUCGUGGAGAUGGACCCUGGGAGCUUCCUCACCUUCGACCUUGGCUACUACCGCGGCCUGCUCAAGAGCCGGGGCCUCUUCCAGUCGGACCACGCCCUGCUAAUGGACGCGGCGGCGCUGGCCGACGUGGAAAGCGUCGCGAGCGGCCCGCCGGAGGUGUUCUUCCAACUGUUCGCGCGGUCCAUGAUGAGGUUGGGCAUGGUGGACGUCAAGACCGGUGGCGAGGGCGAGAUCAGGCGGCACUGCGCCGUCGUCAACAGCUAG